GCUUCUCCAGUCUUCCCUCCCUCUCGCUCUCUCUCAUUGCCACUGUUGUCCACUGUAAGAGUAGAGAAAAGCUGUGCCACGGUUUUUUUAUGGUUAAAAUUAUACUUGACAACUUAAAAACAUCCUCUCUCUCUCUCUCUCUCUCCCUCUACCCUUUUUACCUAUCCUUCUCCAGUUUACCAAGCAAAAGAACAGUAGAGGAGAGAUGAAGAAAGGGGUCUUCUUUGGCUCUGUGAGUGGUGUUAAGCACAAGCACCUGCACCUUAUUAGGGUGGGGAAGGAAGAUAAAAAAAGUAGACCUUAGUUAGAGACUUAACACAGCAAUUUUCAAUUGUGUUCCAGAGUUAAGAGGGGGAGAGUGGAGCAGAAAAGGGUUUGAUUUCUGAAGUGAGAGAGAAAAAAGCCAGUGAGAGAGAGAGAGAGAGAGAGAGGAAGGGAGAGAUGGUGGGCUCAGCAGCGUCAGAUAGGAGCAAAGAAGCGGUUGGGAUGAUGGCCCUUCAUGAGGCCCUCCGAAGUGUCUGUCUCAGCACAGACUGGACUUAUGCAGUCUUCUGGACCAUCCGUCCUCGCCCGAGAAUCCGAGGUGGUAAUGGUUGCAAAGUCGGUGACGACAACGGCAGCUUGAUGUUGAUGUGGGAAGAUGGGUUUUGCCGAGUACGAGAUGCAGAUUGUUUGGAUGGGAUUGAUGGGGAGGAUCCUGUGAGGAAAGCCUUCAGCAAAAUGUCCAUUCAGCUAUAUAAUUAUGGAGAAGGGUUGAUGGGAAAGGUUGCUUCGGAUAAGUGCCAUAAAUGGGUUUUCAAAGAGCCUUCAGAAUGUGAACCAAACAUCUCCAACUACUGGCAGAGUUCUUUUGAUGCUCUUCCCCCUGAAUGGACCGAUCAGUUUGACUCGGGCAUUCAGACUAUAGCUGUGAUUCAAGCUGGCCAUGGCCUUUUACAACUGGGUUCCUGCAAGAUUAUACCUGAAGACCUUCAUUUUGUGCUGAGAAUGAGACAUACCUUUGAAUCUCUUGGAUAUCAAUCUGGGUUCUACCUCUCCCAGCUCUUCUCUUCAACAAGAAACACUUCCUCUCCUUCUUCAGUUCCUUCAAAGCAAUCAGCCAUCCCAACCCGCCCUCCUCCUCUCUUCAAUUGGGCCCAAAGGCCGCUUCCAUCUGCCGCCUCUGUCCUUGCUUCUCCCAGUUUUCAAAACUCGCCCAGACUUGGAUUUCUGCCCUCCAAAGAUGAAACUCACAUGUUCCUCCUCCCCCAUUCAUCUGAAACCCGAAUUGAAGAUAUGAUGGGAGAUCAUGAAAAUGAAAUCAAAUGGCCAAAUGGAUUGUCUUUCUUUAAUGCUCUCACCGGACGAACCGAUGAUGCAAAGAUUUUGUUCAGCCCAGAGGGUAUAGGAAACAAGCCAGACCAAACUCACCAUCCCCUCAUCCUUGAAGGUAAGAAUCCAAAUCCAAACCCGAAUUCGGAAGCUUCAAACUUGCACAACACCAGCAGUGCUAACCCCAAUGAGUUUUUGAGCCUGGACAACCACCCAGAGAGUGUCAGAAAGAUGGAAAACAAGUUCAAGAGGAGCUUUACUUUGCCUGCGAGAAUGGCUUCGUCAUCGUCUUCGACUUCACUCGAUCACCAUCUGCACCAUCCUGUGGAGUAUAGGAGUUCUGAAGCAGGUAUGUACACUGAUGUCAUGGAGACCUUCUUGGAGUAAUUGAAGGAGGCAGUUGUUUUAGGUGAUGAAAGGGUGAGAAGUACUUGCAUCUAGGGACAGCACUGUUUUCUUUGUUGCUGAUGUUCCUAUGCCUGUUUUGAUGCUCUAUUUUUCAUCUUGUGUUUCUUUAAUGCAUGUACUGAACUUUUUCUAUCAUUUGUUGUAGUUCAUGUUGAUAACUUCCUAGAACUUUCACAGAUAUCCUGGAAAACCAUGAGAAAUUUUGAAGGAACAUUAAUGGGUGCCAAAGAAUAAGUUUUGUGGUAUCACGAUCCUUAUUUGCAAGCCUGUUGGGCUCGAAAGAGUGAAUAAAGUGCAAAUAUAUCAUUUACCAU